AUGAACGAGAUCAUGACGAGGAAAAUGGAGAUCCGACAGGGGCCGGAACGACGAGCUCACGACAUCGAGGCCGGCAGCAUGGUCUUGGCAGCCUUUCGAGACCCAGGACACAGUCAGCCGACACUCCUCUCCUGGCGCGUGGGAGAAGGGGCGGUCCCUGGCUACAUUGAAGUUGCGGUGGCGAGCAUGCGGCUCUGUGAGAGUGCGGACUUCAAAGCGCCGGAAGCAGUGCAGACCUGUCGGCCGACAGGGCCGAGCUAUGAAGGCCAGACGCCAUUGCGAAGACUGGAGGUCGCGGACCUCUGCCCCCUGCUGGAUGAGCUCCUUGCUGAUGACGAGGCGUCCACGCCGGCAGAGCCAGACGGAGGCAGUCCUUCCAACAAGCCGUACCAGCUCCCUGCCGACUGGGUCGUGCAGGGGCAGCCGACGGCGUGGGCGGACCUGAAGCUCGUCGAGAAUGGCAGUUUCAGAUUAGCCCUGCUGGCCACGACGGAAGCCAUUGACCUGUGCCUGCUGGAGGAGGAGGGACAGCUCCACUUUCUGGAGCUGGAGCGUGCGCAUGGAAAUGCCCUUGCGAGGGAGGGCCGCUACGAAGAGGCCUCGGAAGCGUACAAGCGGGCGCUUGAUGCCGUGCGGCGGAGUCCGAUGUACAAGGCGCUGUUCCCCACGGAGCGGGGGCACAUACAAGGUGCCUACAGCCGGGAGGCCAGCGAGGGCGAGAAUCCUCUGCAGGGCCUUUCUGAGGAGGAGGUCUCCACCCGCCGAAGUAACCUCGUCGCUUUGCACCUGAACUUGUCCCUGUGCGGCAACAAGGCCCGUGCCACAGUCGGAAAUGACUGGGGCUGUCGCUGA